AUUACCCAUUCAUCCGGUUUAUGCAAAGAAACCGGACUGUACAGCGAUUGAAUUAGGCUCGAAAACUGUAAUCCUUUAGUCCUUUGGAAAUGUGAAAGAGCCGAUGUACAACCGGUUAUUCUGACGCCCCGGAAGGAGGUUAUCGCCAAUGGGACACCGCAGUGAGGAGAUGCGAGAGAAGAUUAGGCGGUGGUUAUGAUGAAGGCAGGUUAUGGGUCACCCUCGAGUACAUAACAGCACCGUCACCUCCAGUCUGUCCAAGUCGUCGCCGCUGCUACCGCUCUUAGGCUUAUUUCAGUUCAUGUCCGUGUUGGUUUAGUCUUACAGGUUUAUGUCAUGUUUCUCUGUCACUGGGAGUUCUGGAGAAUAUGCUGGGCGUGUGUAACCCGACCUUUUACGGUGCUCGUCUGCUCCGUCACGGCCACACUGUUACUGUGGGGCCGCAAGUGCCAGGUGCACCACGAAACUUUUAUGGUCUGUCACCUGCUUGUCUCCAUUGUGGAUUUUUUGCUUUACCUGAAAUGUUCCACAAGACCAGCCUUAGUGUGUAGUGAGGCCUUUGGGACCUUUCUUCAUAAACAUUGUCCAGUGGUGGCUGAGCACUUCAGACCCACUCCUUGGUGCUGGGGGGGCCGACUUCAAACUCUAGCAAAUGCCUUUCUCAAGAGCAGACCCACAAUCAAUUAUCGCAAUGAGUUGGUCCGCACUGUUGACGGAGGUCAAAUUUCUCUUGAUUGGGUGGAUAAUCACUCCAGUACCGCCUACCCAGAAUCUUCCACUCGCCCCACAGUGCUGUUCUUACCAGGCCUGACUGGAAACAGCAAACAACCCUAUGUACUCCAUGCUAUUCGCCAGGCUGCCAUCCGGGGCUACAGGUGUGUGGUCUUCCACUACCGAGGCUUUGGAGAGGAGGAGUUACUCACACCUGUCACUUACUGCGCAGCCAGUACCUCUGAUCUUGAAUAUGCGGUGCAGCAUGUAAAAAGACUUUUUCCAAACUCACCUCUGCUUGGUGCUGGUGUAUCUAUGGGAGGAAUAAUACUGUUAAACUACCUUGCAAACAAACAAGCUGAAUCUGGACUGGAGGCUGGUUUUACCAUUUCUGUUCCAUGGGAUGUGCAGAAGUCAUGUGAUUCAAUGGAGGAACCCCUCAACUUGCUGCUUUUCAACAGACACCUGGCACGAGGCCUUUGUGAAGCUGUCAUCAGACACAGAAAUGUUCUACAAAAAGUGGUGGAUGUUGACUACGUCAUAAAGGCACGUAGCCUUCGAGAGUUUGAUGAGCGUUUCACCACUCAACUCUUUGGCUACAAGACCUGUGAAGACUACUAUCGAGAUGCCAGUCCUGCCUUUAAACUUCACAAUACAACUGUUCCCAUCUUGUGUCUCAAUGCUGCAGACGACCCUUUCUCCCCACAACAUGCCUUUCCCCUGGCCAUGGUGAGGCGACUCCCAAAUGUGGCUCUUCUGGUGACCAAUCAUGGCGGGCACAUUGCUUUCAUGCAGGGCGUGUUUCCACGGAAUGAAGGUUACAUGGAGCACCUCUUCGGACAGUUUACACAAGCCGUGUUUGAACAUCCGGAGGACCUGAAGGAAGCAUGUGGCAUAAAGGAAGUCCUGAUCAGUUCAUGAUUUUAUUGUUUUGUUAGUUUGGUGCUGUGAAUAUGCUGUGAGUGCACAUUAUCAUUCCACUGUUUGCAUUGUGAAAAAAAUAUUAUUAUCAUUAGUAGUAGUAGCAGCUAUUCAGUCAAUAUUUAUUGUGCACGGCGUAUAAUUUCAUAUCACAUUCAUUGCUGCCUACCUCAACAAUUCACCACCACGAGGUUAACUUGAAAUCGAAUGUACUGAGUAAAAUGUAUGUUACACCAUGCUUAGGAGAUGAUAAGAAAAUGCAUAUAAUGUCUUAAAACUAACGUAGUGGUUGGCAUUCCAAAAUGCAUUAUUAAAUGAACGCCCUAUGUAUAAUUUAGGUAGGAUUUGUUUAUUUGGCAAAAUAUCACUUUAGAAAUGUCAAAUGUGAAACUCACCACUUCGUUGUGCACUGUUCAAUAGCUUGUAAGUUUGUGUAUAUUUGUUUUAUACACAAUCCUGUGGAAGAAUUGUUUCCAGUGAAUGAGGGGGGGGUUGUAUUUAUAUGAAGGAUAUACAAUAAGUUAUACCAUAUUGCACUGUUUUUUGCUAUGAUGCGGUAUUAUGCUUCUUAUUCAUAGUUGGAAUAUUGUAUUUUUGCAUAGUUCGCAUUAUUUUAUACCUCAAUUAUGAACUUGACCACUUGUCCAAGAGCAUACAAAAUGAGUAAAUAUGAACUGUAAAAUUGUCAACUGUAUCAGAUCUAAAGUAUAAUAAAGAUAUGCUUAUAUUUGAACACAA